GAAACAUGUUAUAUGACAAGAAAACAAGACUAAAAUAAGAAUUUGUUUACAUAAAACAAAAUUGCUAGGAUUUGUGCUGGGAUUAGAAUAGGUAAAGAACAGUUUAUUCACCUUUUUUUUUUUUAAAUCAAGAAUUUUGUUUUGUGUAAGGUAGCAUUGUGUAAUGGAUGGAAAGCUGGCCUUGGAGGUUAAAAGACUCACCUAUGACAUGUACUGACAAAUCACAACUUCCUAGUACCUUCUAGGUAAUUCCCAAGACACUUAAGUUUUAAAAAAAGUUACAGUAGGACCUCAUUUUAUGUGAACUCAACACACAUAAAUUCAGGUAUUCACAACUGGCAAUUGAAAAAAAGUAAGGGCAGAAAAAUAUGUAAAAUAAAAAUUCUUAAUUACACAUUAAAUCCAUGCCAUUAUCUUGUGUGAUGUAGAGUCUCUCAGCAGUUCACCUAGUCACCCUCAUUCUCAUUCUAAGAAGGUUUACUAUGAGUCAUUAUAUUAUUUUGUGCCAAACAUAAGCUCCUACUUCAUUCUUUAUCUGGAGUUCUCACUUGUAACAGGUUGUGUCUGCAUCAGAGCAGUGUUUCUUUUUGUUUCAUUAACACUAUUCAGUUAUUGAUAAUGGCCCCAGUGUAGAAGACUAGUGAUGCUGAUAGCUCUGAUAAGCCUAAGAAAAUUUGUAAAAUGCCUAGGUACGUACCAGUAAGUGCUUAAUAAGGAAUGGAAUUUGCUAUUAUGUGUGAUUUUCAACUUGGAGGGUCUUGAAACAUAUUGGUUGAGUAAAAUGAGGUCCUAUUGUAUAUAUUUUUCAAUCAGCAAAAAUCCAUUUUCUCUCUCUCCUACCCCAAACCCUACAUAUGUAUCUCUUACUAAGUGUUUUGCCUCUUUUGGGUGAUGGGUAGCAUUAUUUCAUUAUUAGUCUUUUGGAAUCAUGACUGGUCAUUAUGCAGGUAAGGUUUCCAGUGUCUUUAUUUCUUUUUUUAAACCUUCCUUCUUAGAAUCAAUACAGCAUAUUGAUUCUAAGGCAGAAGACCAAUAAGGACUAGGCAAUGGGGGUUAAGUGAUUUCCCCGGAGUCACACAGCUAGGAAGAGUCUGAAGCCAGAUUUGAAACCAUGACCUCUAGUCUCUUUGAGCUAUCUAGCUGUCCCCCACCUGCUCCUCAAUCCCACAUCUUUCAAAGUUUGUUUAUCUUUCCAAUAUUGUUGUACAAAUUACUCUCCUCAUUCUGUUCACUUCACUCUGCAUCAUUUCAUACUUACAUUCUCAUACAAGUCUCCCCAGAUUUCUCAGAAACUGUCCUCAAUCCUUCUUAUAGCUCACCAGUAUUUGAUUAUAUACUAUAACUUUUUAAUCAUCCAUCUUUUUAUGGGUACCUUCUCAGAUUUUUAUUUAUUUAUUUUUGCCAUUCCAAAAGAGCUGCUAUAGUUUAUAAAUGUUAUAAACUAAAAAAAUUUUUUUUUCAUUUAUAGAGUUUGUUUUGCUUAGAACUGACUGAUCUAGUCCUUUAACCUAUCCUCCUCAUUCCCUAUUUUCUCUUCUCCCUUCUGUUGUAUUUCCCUGAUGAAUGUACAUUUAUUAAAUGACUACUAUUGCCAAACUUUGGAUAAGUCCUGGGGAUAUAGAGAGUUUGUGCUUGAUGUUGAGAAUAUAAAAUCAGAAGUGAAGUACUUGUUGUUUUUAAGUUUACAUUCUACCAAAGAAGAUAGUUUGUACAAUAAGCAAAAUAAAUACAAUAUAAUUUGUAUUGGACACACCAGCAGCUUGGGGAAAAUAUUGUAAAAAAGAACUUAUGUAUAAGGUGGUACUUGAACUGAACUUAUAAGGAAGUUAGGUAUUCUUAGAGGCAGAGAUGAAGAGUCCAUGAUGGACAACAAAGUUCAGAAAUGGAACAUAGAAUGUCAUGUAUGAGGAACAGUAAGAAAGGCAGUUUGAAUGUACUGAAGAAUAUGUAAAAGAGUAUAUAAUCUAUUAUAAAUGUGGGAAAGGAGAUUGGAAGCAGGUUACAAAUGACUUUAAAUGCUCAGUGGAGAAGUUUGUGUUAGAUCUUAUAAUAGGGAGUUUGUGAGCUAGAACUGCGUUAGGAAUAUUAUUUUGUCUUCUAUGUGGAGAAUGUUCUGGAAAAGGGAAAGAGUAGAGGCAGGGAAAACAGGGACUUUUACAAGCAGAUAAAGCAAGAGUUCAAGAGAAUCUUUACUAGGGUGUUUGUAUGUAAAUAGAGGUGGCAGAUGAAAAUGAGUAGUUGAACAGGUGAAAUUAAUAAAACAUGUCAUUUAAUUAGUUAUGUGGGGUAAGAGGGAGAGGGAAGAAUGGUCUGGUAUCACUAAAGCGUUCCACAUUUUAAUACUUACCUUAAAAAUCCCCUUUCAAGCCAUGAGUCCCAGUCCUUAGCUGCUAUGGGUUUUAGGUUAAGUUUCCUUAAUGAAUAAAAAUAUAUCCAAAAUGCAUAAAGCAACAUGCCAUGUAACUUACACUUAUGAGGGUCUGGAUUUGAGAUGUCAGAGGGAGGCUCAAAAUUGCCUAAUUUCACCAAAAUAUCUCAGGAUAAAACAGGAAAAAAAGGCAAGUUGAAUUCUGAGUGUGUGUGGGGAACCAUAUCAAAAAUUCAAAGUGAGUCAUUUUUCAGCUCAGUGUAGCUUAGAGAGGUCUAUAGUCACUGGGGUAGGAGAUGACCAGAAGUGCAGCACAGUUUCUGGCAGAGAAUGACCAGUUCUGUAGGCUUGGAGGCAGCAGCAGCAGCAGCAGUAGCAGCAGUAGCAGAAACAGCAGCAGAAGCAGCAGUAGCAGUAGCAGCAGCAGCAACAGCAGCAACAGCAGCAGCAGCAGCAGCAACAGCAGCAGCAGCAGCAGUUGCAGCAGCAGCAGUUGCAGCAGCAGCAACAGCAGCAGCAGCAGCAACAGCAGUAGCAGUAUCAGCAGCAGCAACAGCAGCAGCAGCAGCAGCAACAAGAAUAUCAGAUGCAAAGCUCAAGGAUGUGUGGCCUACUGGAUAGGUAUUGGACCUGAAGUCAGGAGUUCUGUUCCUAAUUCUUCCACUGACUUGCAGUUUGACUUUGGGCAAAAUGUGAAAACCUUUGCAUCUUCAGAUAGUCUAGCCAAGGUCCAAGAAGUAGCAAGCUGGCUUUUGGAAAUGAAUCAGGAACUGCUGUCUGUGGGCAGCAAGAGGAGACGAACUGGAAGUUCUCUAAGAGGUAAUUCUUCCUCAAGCCAGGUAGAUGAGGAUCAGAUGAAUCGAGUUGUGGAGGAGGAGCAGCAGCAGCAGCAGCAGCAGCAGCAGCAACAGCAACAGCAACAGCAGCAGCAGCAGCAACAGCAGCAACAGCAGCAACAGCAACAAUUACGACAGGAGGAGGAGCACAUUGCAAGGAAUGGGGAAGUUAUUGGUGCAGAACCCAGACAUGGAGACCAAAAUGAUUCCCAGCAAGGACAAUUAGAAGAAAAUAAUAAUCGAUUUAUUUCAGUAGAUGAAGAAUCCACAGGUAUCCAAGAAGAACAGGAGGAUGAAGAGGAGCAUGCUGGUGAACAAGAUGAAGAGGAUGAAGAAGAGGAGGAAAUGGACCAAGAGAGUGAUGAUUUUGAUCAGUCUGAUGACAGUAGCAGAGAAGAUGAACACACAAACAGUAACAGUGUCACAAAUUCUAAUAGUAUCAUGGACUUGCCUAUUCACCAACUCUCCUCCCCUUUCUAUACAAAGACAUCAAAAAUGAAAAGAAAGUUGGACCAUGGUUCUGAGGUCCGGUCGUUUUCUUUGGGAAAGAAACCAUGCAAAGUCUCAGAAUAUACAAGCACUACUGGCCUGGUGCCAUGCUCAGCAACACCUACCACGUUUGGGGACCUCAGAGCAGCCAAUGGCCAAGGUCAACAAAGGCGCCGCAUUACAUCUGUCCAGCCACCUACAGGCCUUCAGGAAUGGCUGAAAAUGUUUCAGAGCUGGAGUGGACCAGAGAAACUGCUUGCUUUAGAUGAACUUAUUGAUAGUUGUGAACCAACACAAGUUAAGCAUAUGAUGCAAGUAAUAGAACCUCAGUUUCAGCGAGACUUCAUUUCGUUGCUCCCCAAAGAGCUGGCACUUUAUGUGCUAUCAUUCCUGGAACCCAAGGACCUGCUACAAGCAGCUCAGACAUGCCGAUACUGGAGAAUUUUGGCUGAAGACAACCUUCUUUGGAGAGAAAAAUGCAAGGAAGAGGGGAUUGAUGAACCACUACACAUCAAAAGAAGAAAAAUCAUCAAGCCAGGUUUCAUUCAUAGUCCAUGGAAAAGUGCCUAUAUCAGGCAGCACAGAAUUGAUACAAAUUGGCGGCGAGGAGAACUGAAAUCUCCAAAGGUGCUCAAAGGACAUGAUGAUCAUGUGAUCACAUGCUUACAAUUUUGUGGAAACAGGAUAGUUAGUGGUUCUGAUGACAACACCCUUAAAGUUUGGUCAGCAAUCACAGGCAAAUGUUUGAGAACAUUAGUGGGACACACCGGUGGAGUAUGGUCAUCACAAAUGAGAGACAAUAUCAUCAUCAGUGGAUCUACUGAUCGUACUCUUAAAGUUUGGAAUGCAGAGACUGGAGAAUGUAUACAUACUUUAUAUGGACAUACCUCCACUGUUCGUUGUAUGCACCUCCAUGAGAAGCGUGUUGUCAGCGGUUCUCGAGAUGCUACGCUUAGGGUUUGGGACAUUGAGACAGGCCAGUGUUUACAUGUCCUGAUGGGUCAUGUAGCUGCAGUCCGAUGUGUUCAGUAUGAUGGCAGGAGGGUUGUUAGCGGAGCAUAUGAUUUCAUGGUGAAGGUGUGGGAUCCAGAAACUGAGACUUGCCUACACACACUGCAAGGACAUACUAAUAGAGUUUAUUCAUUGCAGUUUGAUGGCAUCCAUGUGGUGAGUGGAUCUCUUGAUACUUCAAUCCGAGUAUGGGAUGUGGAAACGGGGAACUGCAUUCACACAUUAACAGGACAUCAGUCAUUAACGAGUGGAAUGGAACUCAAGGACAACAUUCUUGUCUCUGGAAAUGCAGAUUCUACAGUUAAAAUCUGGGAUAUAAAAACAGGACAGUGUUUACAGACAUUGCAAGGUCCCAACAAACAUCAGAGUGCUGUGACCUGUUUACAGUUCAACAAGAACUUUGUAAUUACCAGCUCAGAUGAUGGGACUGUAAAACUGUGGGACUUGAAAACGGGUGAAUUUAUCCGAAACCUAGUCACAUUGGAGAGUGGGGGGAGUGGGGGAGUCGUGUGGCGGAUCAGAGCCUCUAACACAAAGCUGGUGUGUGCAGUUGGAAGCCGCAACGGGACUGAGGAAACAAAGCUGCUGGUGCUGGACUUUGAUGUGGACAUGAAAUGAAGAGAGCAGAAAAGAUGAAUUUGUCCAAACAUGUAGAAGAUGUACUCCCUGCCCUUCCCCCCUGCAAAAAAAAAAAAUCCCUUGUUCUCUGUGGUGCAGGAUGUUGGCUUGGGGCAACAGAUCGUAGAGACCUACAUUCAGAGGAGAAGAUGAUGACGAGAUGAUGAACCAUACCUGACAAGCCAGGCAUCUGCUGUCUCAUCACGUACAAGGCUUCACUUUGGACUGGGGGCAGCUUUGCAAAAUAUGACUUUCUAAAUCAAACCAGGUGCAAUUAUUUCUUUAUUUUCCUCUCAAGUGGUCAUUGGGCAGUGCGAUGCUGAAACCUUGUUCCAAAUCCUGCUAACCUGUUCUUUUACCACCGAGGUCUAGAAAGGAGCUGCAAUAACAUCAAAAUGUGGACUGGUUGCCUUUUCAAAUUAGAGAGAGCAUCUGCAACAAAAAAAAAAGUCAUUUCUGGAGUGGAAAAGCUAAAAAGUUUUUACUGUGAAUUGUUUUUGUACAGUUAUCAUAAAAAAGCUUUUUCUUUUUUUCCUUUUUUUCCUUUUUUUUUGCCAACCAUUGCCAAUGUCAAUCAAUCACAGUAUUAGCCUCUGUUAAACUAUUUACUGUUGCUUCCAUUUACACUCUUCAAUGCAUAUGUUGCUCUGAGGUGGCAAGUUGUCCUGGGUUCUGUGAGUCCUGAGAUGGAUUUAAUUCUCGAUGCUGGUGCUAGAAGUAGGUCUUCAAAUAUGGGAUUGUUGUCCCACCCCUGUACUGUAUUCCCAGUGGCCAAACUUAUUUAUGCUGCUAAAUGAAAGAGAAAAAAAAGCAAAUUAUUUUUUUUUAUUUUUUUUCUGCUGUGACGUUUUAGUCCCAGACUGAAUUCCAAAUUUGCUCUAGUUUGGUUACGGAAAAAAAAAAAAGACUUUUUGCCACUGAAACUUGAGCCAUCUGUGCCUCUAAGAGGCUGAGAGUGGGAGAGUUUCAGACAAUAAAGAGUGAAGUUUGCCUGCAAGUAAAGAAUUGAGAGUGUGUGCAAAGCUUAUUUUCUUUUUUUUUUUCUGGGCAAAAAUGAAAAACACAUUCCUUAGAACAAAGCUAUUCCAGCCUGUUCUGUUGGGAAACUUUUCUUUUUGAGGGCUGUGGUGAAUGGAAUGAACAUACAUAAUAAAACUGACAAAAUAUUUUUUAAAACUAUAAAACAUAAAAUGAAAAUAAAGUCGCUGGUCAGUCUUAGUGUUCUACAGUAUUUGGGAAAAAAACAGCUGUUACAGUUUUAUUGCUGUGAGUAACUGACAAAGCAGAAACGAUUCCGUUUUUGUAGUAAAGGCGUCACAUGCAAACAAACAAAAUGAAUGAAUAAGUCAAAUGGUUUUGCCUCAUUCUCCAAGAGCCACAACUCAAGCUGAACUGUGAAAGUGGUUUAACACUGUAUCCUAGGCGAUCUUGUUUUUUUAUUCCUCCUCCUGUUUUUUGUUUUAUUUAUAGUCUGAUUUAAAACAAUCAGAUUCCAGUUGGUUAAUUUAGUUAUGUAACAACCUGACAUGAGGGAGGAAAACAACCUUUAAAAGGAUUGUGUCUAUGGUUUGAUUCACUUAGAAAUUUUAUUUUCUUAUAACUUAAGUGCAAUAAAAUGUGUUUUUUCAUGUUA